CUGACGGUCGCGCCAGUUCGCAGCUCUUAACACGUUGGUGCCGAAAGUCGACGCGCUCGCGUUUCGUCCCUCGCUUGAAUUCAAUUCCGCGAGACAGCAGUGCAUGCGAUAUCAUCGGAGGACAAUAGCUCAGCACUGGACUCACACACAUCCGCAGGGAAUUCGAACAUUGGAACAACGUCUGUAGUAAUGCAUUGGAAAUGUUGUCCAACUUCUCGGCCCAGAGCUGAGCAACACGGUGGUCAUAAAUAUUUGACAAUUGCGGAAAAUCGAAAGUGAAGCGGUAGGGCUAGAGCAAGGAUUCUUACGCCAGCUGCCAAGAGCGGCUGCAAUCGCAAUCAGGAGGCAAACAAUUACGAGCAGGACGAAAGGACGAAGCAGGACUAGCAAAUAAAAAAUGAAAAUUAAAAUAUUUCCGCUGACAGCGGAUGCAGCGACAAUUGCCGCGGGUCGCCAGCGCAGACGGACGGCGGGGAAGCUGCAGCGGAAGCGAGAAAUGCCGGAAAUAUCCUGCCGGCUAAUUGUUGCCACUGCCACCGCUGCCGUCGCCGUCGCCUCGAUUAUCUGCCUCUCCUUCUCGCUCCCCGGCUGCGCCGCCCAGGAGAGCGACGACGAGGGUGAGCUGCACCACCUGGACCAGCUGCACCACCAGCACCAGGACUUCAUCAUCGGCGAGUCCGAGGAGCACGAUCACAUCGCCCAUCAUCUGGCGGAAAUGCAAAAUAAGGAUGAGCUGCUGGAGGACAUACGCGAGGAUACGGUCGUCAAUGCGAUUCCCGAGAAAGAUCUUCCAAAGUUCGGGGAACUCCUGCAGAACGUGACGGUGCCCGUAAGUCGGGAGGCGGUACUCCAGUGCGUAGUCGACAAUUUGCAGACCUACAAGAUUGCGUGGCUACGUGUCGAUACACAGACCAUUUUAACGAUACAAAAUCACGUCAUAACCAAAAAUCAUCGCAUGAGCAUAACUCACGCCGAGAAACGUGCCUGGAUUUUGCGUAUACGUGAUGUGAAGGAGUCCGAUAAAGGCUGGUACAUGUGCCAAAUAAACACGGAUCCCAUGAAGAGUCAAGUCGGCUAUCUGGAUGUUGUCGUGCCCCCCGACAUACUGGACUACCCGACCAGCACCGAUAUGGUAAUACGUGAGGGCUCCAACGUAACCCUCAAGUGUGCCGCCACGGGAUCGCCAACUCCGACGAUAACCUGGCGACGCGAAGGUGGCGAGCUGAUACCGCUGCCAAAUGGCGCUGAGGCCGUCGCCUACAACGGAUCCUUCCUGACCAUCGCCAAAGUGAACCGCCUGAACAUGGGCGCCUAUCUCUGCAUCGCCUCCAAUGGCAUUCCGCCAACAGUCAGCAAGCGUGUGAUGCUCAUUGUGCACUUUCCGCCCAUGAUUUGGAUACAAAAUCAAUUAGUCGGCGCUGCCCUUACGCAGAACAUAACCCUGGAAUGCCAGUCGGAGGCGUAUCCCAAGUCCAUCAACUAUUGGAUGAAGAACGACACGAUUAUUGUGCCAGGUGAGCGCUUUGUGCCGGAAACCUUUGAAUCGGGCUACAAAAUAACCAUGCGCCUGACCAUCUACGAGGUGGACAUCCAGGACUUCGGUGCGUAUCGAUGUGUGGCCAAAAACUCCCUGGGCGACACUGACGGCGCUAUCAAACUGUACCAUAUUCCGCAGACCACCACGAUGACGACCAUGGCUCCGACGGUAUCGAUCAACACGGUGCCCGUGGUGCUCGUGAAGUACAAAGAACAACGAUAUGGCAGCAGCCAGAACAGCAACACCAAUCCGUACAACUUCAAUCCCGGCAACGGUCAACAGAACACGAAGCUGCAGCGCGGCAAGUCCAACAACAAGGGUUCGGAUCAGUCCUCCUCCGGACUGAACAACAUGUUCGUGGGCGCCACGUCCAGUCUGUGGAACUCGCAGGAUCACCACUCGUCCUCCUCCUCCUCCUCCGCGUCCUCGCGAGGAAGGGAUCAUCACCAGCAGCAGCAACACCACCAGCAGCAGCAACAAAACCACGGAUCCGAUCACGGCGCCUCCUAUCGCUCCGAUGGCAAGAGUCCGCACCUCACCAAGCACGACGCCAAGUCCUUGACCGACGACCUGGAUCGCAUGCAGGACCUCAAGGGAUGGGCCAGUCGGCUGGCUCCCGUUUCGCCGAUCCUGGGACUUUCGAUGAUACUGGGAAUUGGCUUUCUGGGGCCGUGGCCGGGCUAA